CCAUUGUAUCCCCUAUUUGGUUCAAGCGCUAGUUUAACACUUGCGAGAACAACAUUUGAUAUCAGGGUCUGCAGACGACCAAAAUUGUGAAGGGCGUUACAGAAUAGAAUGGCUUCGGCAGUAGCAUCUACAGCAGCAGCCCCUUUCUGGAGGACAGCCGGAAUGACUUAUGUAGCGUAUGCCAAUGUAUGUGCUACAAUGCUCAGAAGUUGCCUUAAAGAACCCUAUAAAUCCGACUCUGUUGCUCGCGAGAGGGUUCAUUACUCUGUCAGCAAAUGGGUCGACAACAAACAGGAAAAACCAGUCCUACGACAGGUUCCAUCUGAGGAAUGACGAUCCAUUUUUGGUGCGAGUUAAUCAGUGCCAUUGUUUUAAGCCUUCUUUAGAUUGUCGAGACUAUUUCUAUUUGACUUCGUUUGGUGUACUACUUUGCACAAUUGUUGCAUCGAUUAAUCUCUAAUAUUGGAGUAAACACCUGGUCAGAUUAUAUAAGUGACCACAAGUAUAUAAGUGGACACAAAUAAAUAAGAUUGAUACAAUGCAGACUUUGAAUUUUUUUAAUCUGCAAUUGGGAUGAUAAGAUUUGUUUCAGGACAGGCCCUCUUGUUCUUGCUUGGACAUGAAAGAACCCUUUUUCGGGACAUUGUGUUUUUA